AUGGUGACAAGACCGGCCGCGUCGAAAGUCACGGCGGGGCGCCGGCGGGAGGCGAAAAAGACGCAGAAGGCGGUGACGAGCGGGGCGAGGCCGCACCCCUCGCCGUCGUCACCGGCGCGGCAGGAGCCGCAGGGCGGCAAAAGGGAGGCGCUGCAAAAGGCGCUGGCCGCGGCCCUCGCCGCACCACCCGCUGGCGCCCACUUCGCCCCCGGGACGGAGGUGGACGACUACGGCAAGGGCAGCCCGACGGACCGGCUGCAGUUCGGCUACGCGCCUGCCAACGCCGCGGAGGCAGUCGCGUUUCAUUCCUCCAUUCCGGCAAAGAAGUGGGUUGCGCAGCGGCGCAAGCAGGGCCGGCUCGCAAUUGUUAUGAAACAAAAACUUCCGCGGCCCAACUGCGAGCCAAUGACCUCGCUGCUCAAACUAAAGCAACACUGGAGGAGCACGGCGGAGUUUGUAGCAGAGGUGCGUGGCGGCAGAGUUGCGCAGGACUCGGCGGAUGAGCUGCUAGAGCUGCUUGUGUCACAGCAGCGUGUAGCGUAG